AUGUCAGAUUCGAAAGUUAAUUUUAAUUUAUUUAGUAAUCUGUCUUCAUCUAUUAUUGAUGAAGAUAUAAUUAAUAAAAAAGAUCAAACUAUAGAAGAACAACAACAACAACCUACGCAACAAUCAGAUACAAUUUCAUCAAAAACUAGUAGUCAUAGCAAUAAACUAAAUCAUGAUCAUAAUUCAUCCUCAAUUUCAUCUAAUUUAUCAAUUUCUUCAAUUUCUUCAAAUUCAAAUGAUAAUAAUAAUAAUCACCAUAAUCAUUCAACAAACACUAACAAAAUAAAUUUUAAUUCAAAACCUUAUAACAAUAAUAAUCAUAAUAAUCAUAAUUCAAAUAAUAAAGAUGAAAAAUUUCAUAAAUUUGUUAGAAAAACUAUUCAUAAAUUAAAAUUAUCACCUGCUAUACAACAUCAUCUGCAACAACAAUCAUCACAGCAACAAUUAUCUACAUCACCAUCUUUUUCUGCUUCUUCUGCACAACCUCCACCACCGUCAUCAUCUGCAUCAACCACAACUAAAUCACAAUCUCAACAAUCUCAACAAUCUCAACAAACACAAAGAGAUCCAAUUGAAUUAUCACAAUCACAUCCAAGAUUUAAUUCUAUAGUAUCAUGUAAUUCAUCAUCAAGUGAUAUUUUUGAAAGAUCAGUAUUAAAUUUCAAUAAUUCACAAAAUAAUGAUUCGAAAUCUCCUUUUAUAAAUUUAACUAAUCCAGAAACUCCAUUUCAUUAUAAUAUAGAAAAUUAUACAAGUCCAAUAUUAGAUACAACUACUGAAAUUUUAACUAAUCCAAAUAUAAAAUUAGAUCAAGUUAAAUUAAAUUGUUAUUGUGAUAAUUUAAAUUCUUUUGAUGAUACUUUAUUUAAUUGUUCUACCACGAAUAAUGAUAAUGUAAAUUUUAAUACUAGUUCAUUUGAUAGUAAUAAUAACAACCAAAAACAAUGUAAUCAACCACAAUUAGAGUCAAUUUCACCAAAUAUAAGACCAAGAGCAAGAAGUAUUAUUUCUCAACUGAUUAUUUCAACUUUAGAUAAUUCAAAUUUAAAACAUGGUAAUAAUAAAAUGAACUCUUCAUUAGGUUUAACAACUAUAACUCAUACUAAAUCUAAUAAUAAUUUUAAUACCAACAACAACAAUCCAAAAUUACACCCAUCAAAUUAUCAAACUAAAAGAUCAUCAAGUUUUGCAGGUUCAACAUUACAUUCAAGAAACAAAUCUUUAACAAAUAGAGAUUCUUUUGGUGGUCAACAACAACAACAAGAUGAUUUCAAAUCUCCAACAAUUGAUUUUUUUUCAUACGCAGAUAUCAUAAAAAAUGAAGAUGAAAAUAAUUUCAUCAAAAUUGAAGAAGAAGAAUUCCAAGAUCAAUCUUUUAAUGCAAAUGAUCAACAAUCUCGUGAUGAUGAUAAUGAAAUCAUUUCAUUCAAUCAAUCAAAUGUAGGUGAAAUGGGAUUUAAUACAAAUUCUGGUAAUGGUGGACCAAGUAUUAGAUUUAAUAAUUUAGGAGGAAUUUCAAGUAGACGUGGUAGUUAUGCUACAAUUAAUGCAAAAGAUUACAUUGGAGUACUUUAA